GCCUCACAGACCCCGCCUCUCGCUGCUGUCCUGCGGAGAAUAGUUAAGAGUUUACUGCCCCUGGGUGUAAUCGGUGAAGUUGAACUCUCAGUCAGCAGUCAGGUACACGGCCCCCCGAGGAGGUCUUUCUGCUCUCCUCCCUGUAUUCACUUUUCUGCAUUUUAUUUUUUUAUCAAUAUGUCUCCCUCCACGUCCCCACGGUUCUUCACGGAGAGGGAGGUGGCCCGCCACUGCUCCAAGGACUCCUGCUGGGUGCGUCUGGGGACCAGGGUCUACGACGUGACCUCUUUCUUGCGGAUGCACCCGGGCGGGGAGGCGCUGAUACUCCGGCGGUCAGGGAAGGACGUAAGCGGGGAGAUGGAAGGACCCCCCCACCGGCACUCGGAGAACGCACGGCGAUGGAUGGAGCAGUACUAUAUCGGGGAGCUGGACAGGGACAGUGGCACCGAGGAGGCACAGGUAGGGUCUGACCAGAGACAUAUGACGUAGAGAAAAUACCUGUUA